AUGGAGCAUUCAGCGGAGGAUUUAGUCGCUCAAGGAAGGAGAGAUUUAGUGUGUGGUGAUAUUAAAAAAGCAGUAGAUAAUUUUCAGAAAGCUUGUGAAGCUCUGUCGGCGAUACAUGGUGAUUUUCAUGAAGCUCUUGCUAUCCCUAACUUACUGUAUGGUACUGCUCUUCUCGAACUAUCACGAAUAGAAAGUUCAGUUAUCGGAAAUGCAUUGGAUGGGAUACCGGAUCCAGACAAAGAUUCAGAAUCGGAUGAUGGGAUAAUUGAACCUGGGCCUGAAUUGACAUCUGAAGAAAAAGAAGAUAUUUCCAAUCAAGUCAUAGAUGCUAUGUGUGAAGACAGAAACCAGGAAGACAGUGAAACCAAAGAAGCCGAUAAACCUAGUGAUGACACUGAAGCUGAAUGUAGAAAUGAUGCUGCUAGUGAUAAUCCAACGGAUGACGCUGUUGAAGAAGCUGAGGAUGAUGAAUCAAUUGUAUCUGAGGGGGAAGAUUCUGAGAACCAUGAUGAAGUCCAGAAUAAUCCCACGGAAUCGGAAGCUGCUAAAUCUGAUGAUGAAGAUGAAGUGACGAAUCUCCAAAUCGCCUGGGAGGUUAUUGAAGUAGCCAAAAAACUGUUUUCACAAAAAGAUGACGAGGAGAGUAAACUGAAUGUUGCCGAGUGCCUAGAAAAGCUUGGUGAGAUUAGUCGCGAGAAAGAAGAUUAUGAUCAAGCAGUAUUAGACUUAAAGGAAUGUUUGGAAAUCCGUACUUCCAUUUUGGGUCAAAAAGAUCGUCGUGUAGCUGAAAGCCAUUACCAACUGGGAACGACGUAUGCCGUUUCUGGUGAUUUAGGAAACGCAAGCAGCUCUUUUAAAGCCUCAGUUGAGUGUCUCAAGUUGUUGGCUGAAGAUAUCAGGUCAAAAAUCGAAGCUGUUGACCAGAAAGAUGGAGAAGAAAAAGAGCUUCUUCAAGUUACACUUAAAGAGAUAGAGCUUUUAAUACCAGACGUUCAGAGUCGGUGUGCAGAUAUUGAGGAAGACCGAUUAGCUGAAAGCAUUAAACAAACUGAGUCCCCAAUGGAACCGUGCUCUAAUGGUACUAGCGUCCCAACUGAUGACAUAUCACACUUGAUAAGGAAAAAACGUCCGGUUUCUGAUACGACACCUGUGGAAUCUGUAGAAAGUAUAGGUCUUGAAUUAAAUGGCCAUGGAAACUCAACUUCCAAGAAAGUAAAGAUUAUAGAUGCGAAUGGUGAAUCCCUGCCUAACGAAAACGGUGUUUAG